CCGGUCACGCGGCCGGGUGUUGACACUUCCGGGUGGGCCGCGCGCGGCGGGCGGGCAGGGCGUGCGGCGCGGCCACCAUGGCGUACCACGGCCUUACGGUGCCUUUGAUCGUCAUGAGCGUGUUCUGGGGCUUCGUGGGCCUCCUGGUGCCCUGGUUCAUCCCCAAGGGCCCCAACCGCGGAGUCAUCAUUACCAUGUUGGUGACCUGUUCAGUUUGCUGCUAUCUCUUUUGGCUGAUUGCAAUUCUGGCCCAGCUCAACCCUCUCUUUGGACCACAGCUAAAAAAUGAAACCAUCUGGUAUCUGAGGUUCCACUGGCCCUAAGGAGGAAGAUGGCUCUGCGGCGCCCAGCCUUGGAGGUCAUGAGGAGAGUGCCCCACCUGGCGCCUCUCGGACCCGCGGCCUCCUGGGAAGCCCGUCCUGCAGCGCAGCAGUACUUUCUCGCCUUUUUACUCUGAUGAACGAAGUGCCUACCCAGCCUGAGCUGUGCAGCUGCUCCUUGCGUCCACGCUCUUCUCGAGACCAGGUGCUCUUCUCCAGACGGCUCCCCUCGCCCUGCAGUCUGCAGCUGGGGAGCGCCCCUGCCUGCGUGAGCCGUGUGCCCAAAAAGCUCAGAGGAUCGCGGCUCAGCCGGGGGAGGAGCAGUGUGCUGAGAGCAGACCUGUCCCAGAGCUUCACACCUCACUGUUCCUUCAGGAGGGAUUUCUUACUUCUGCCAUCUCUCGGAAUAAAUUAUUUUUCUGCUUUCUAUGGAA